CCCGUUUUUCACCACUUUUAACAGUGGUUAUUGAUUCGUCAACUGUUAAAAUGAGUAAAAUAUUUACUUUUAUCGUUAUAGCAGUAGCAAUAUGUAUCCAGUCGUCAAGGGCCGACGAUAAACCAGAGGGCAUGGACGAAUGUCUGAAAAAAUCUGGAGCUACAGUAGAGGACAUUUUAGCCAGACCUAAUAAAAAUACCAAUGAAAUUAGAUGUUUUCGGAAAUGCAUGCUAGAAAAACAAGGUAUGAUUGAUGGUUCUGGUUCUAUCCAUAAAGAUCUAUUCGAUAAAGCUUAUCCAAAAGCAGCUGCGCACUUUGAUGAUGCUACAAUUGCAACAUUGAAGGCCUGUAUCGGCAGUAUCGAAAAAAUUUUUAACUGCGACGAUAUGGUUAAAGUACGAGAGUGUUUCAAGAAAGCUCAUUCAUAAGAAAUAUUAUCUGCUCUUCAAUAGAAAAUAUGCUAGUUGGUUGAUUUCGUGAUAAUUGUUUCUAUGUUUUAUUAUGUCAUUUUUAGAAUAUAUUUAAUCUAAAUAAAUGUACCAUAAAAACAAAUAAAUUAGAAAAUAUUA